GUGUGUUGUGUGGAGGAAGCGUAUUGAGUGGAGCUGGGAUUAGAGGAGUGGCGUGAUAGCUGGGACUGUUCUUUAGUGAGCCUAGUACUGUGCUAGGAAUCCAAGUACAGGCUCACUGAUCAUCCAGACCAGCUCACCUGUGGAACGGAACACAGACCUGGAAGGUGGACAGGGAGGAGACAGUAGCUAAGGAUCCAGACACCAGGUCCACUUGUCAGCUAUUCAUUAUUCUUCGAAGAAAAAAAUCAAAGAAGAGAAACCGCAAGAAAUGGCUGAUUCUUCAGUCAACUUGUCCCAGGGUUUGUUGACGUUCCGGGAUGUGACUGUGGACUUCUCCCAGGAGGAGUGGGAAUGCCUGGACUCUGCUCAGAGGGCUCUGUACAUUGAUGUGAUGUUGGAGAAUUACAGCAACCUGGUGUAUGUCGAGAACUACUGCAUAUGUGAUACUGUCUGUCAACAUGUGAAGACUGAAAAGGAGUCUUGUCAGUGUAAUGAGCUUGGUGAAAUGCUUCAUGAACCCUCCAACUGUGUCCUUUAUAAUAGAAGUGACACUACAGAAGCCUCUAACAACUACAGAUGCUGUAAGGACAAGGAUGCCUCUCUUGACUCAUCAAACCCAGAUAGACUUAAAAGCACGCACACUGGAGAAGAACGUUGUGAAUCUAAUGACUGUGCAAAAUCUUCCAGUUUGUGUUCCAGCAUUGCUCAAGAUCAGAGAACAAACAGUGCAAACAAAGAACAGAGACAGGAAAAAUAUGAUGACCAUUUCAGCUCUACACACAGUCUCAUGCAACAAGCAAUCUAUAUUGGAGAGAAUCCACACCAGCGUGUGAAAUAUGGGAAAUGUUUCAGUAGUGCCUCAAGCCUCGGGGCACAGCAGAGAACUGAUACUAGAAACAAGCCCUACAAGUGCAAUAUUUGUGACAAAUCCUUUACUCAGUGCUCAAGUCUUAAAGAACAUCGAAAAACACAUCAAAGACUUCGUGCUGGGACAAACCCUUACAAAUGCAGUGACUGUGGAAAGUCAUUUUCAUAUUUGUCUGCACUUAAAAGUCAUCAUAAAAGGCAUACUGGAGAGAAGAGGUACAAAUGUCAAGAAUGUGGCAAAUCCUAUGCCUACCGUACUGGUCUGAAGAGACAUCAGAAAAUCCAUACUGCAGAGGAAUGUUAUAGUUGUCAAUACUGUGGCAAAGUCUUUCAUCAGCUUUCACACUUUAAAAGUCAUUUCACACUCCAUACUGGAGAGAAGCCUUACAAAUGCAAUGAGUGUCACAGAUCCUUUCCCCACUAUGUAUUCUUUAGAAGGCAUAAGAAAAAUCAUUCUCUACAGAAAUCACACAAAUGCAAAGAGUGUGGUAAGUCCUUUUUUAUAUUAUCACAUCUUAAAACUCAUUACAGAAUCCAUACUGGUGAGAAGCCUUACAAAUGUACAAAAUGUGACAAACUCUUUACACAGUACUCACAUCUUCGAAGACAUCAAAGAAUUUAUACUGGAAAGAAACUUUAUAGAUGCGAGAUAUGUGACAAAUUGUUUACUAUGUCCUCAAGUCUCAGCAGACAUCAGAAAAUCCAUACUGAAGCAAAAACUUACAAAUGCAAGGACUGUGACAUAUUCUUUACCCACUACUUAAGUCUUAGAAGACAUCAGAAGGUUCAUACUGGAGAAAGACAUCAUACAUGUAAACAGUGUGGCAAGUCUUUUACUAGGGGCUCAACUCUUAGAGUACAUCAGAGAAUUCAUACUGGAGAAAAACCUUACAAAUGUAGUGAAUGUGACAAAUCCUUUACCCAGGCCUCACAACUUAGAACACAUCAGAGAGUUCAUACUGGAGAGAAACCUUAUGUAUGUAAGGAAUGUGGCAAAUCACUUACUACUUGUGCAAUUCUUAGAGCACAUCAGAAAAUUCAUACUGGAGAAAAACCUUACAAAUGUAUGGAAUGUGACAGAUCCUAUAUCCAAUACUCACAUCUUAAAAGACAUCAGAAAGUUCAUACUGGAGAGAAACAUAAAAUUGUAAAUAAUGUGACAUAGCAUUCAUCCAGUAUUCUCUCUGUGUUCAAAUCCUAACAUUAUACAUAAUAGAAAUAUACGCAUGAGAGACAGGAGAAAGCCUUUAAUAAAGUUUUAAAUCUUACAAUUUAUCACAAAGUUGGUCAAAAAAAUUCCAAAUGUGAUUAUGUGAAAACCUUUUUGUUUUCUUUUUUUCUUUUGUGUGUGGGGAUGCUUAUAUGUGUGCACUUUGCUGCUUACAUCUCUGUGCACUACAUGUAUGCCUGGUGCCUGUGGAGGCCAGAUCCCCUGAAGCUGGACUUAAUGACAGUUGUGAGCUCUUAUAUGUGUGUUGGAAAUUGAACCCUAAUACACUGUAAGAUCAGAUGUUGCUUUUAACCUCUAGAUGGUGCUUUUAUCCUAGUCCCUGGGAAACGCUGUAAUAAAAACAUUUGUCUUGUUCAGCAUCCAAAAAUUCAUAAUUCUAGGCAAGGUUGUGCACUCAGUAGGCAGAGUCAAAGAUGAUCUCUGUUAAUCAGAGGCCAUCCUGGUAUACAUAGUUCCAGGACAGCCAGACCUACAUAUACCUAUAGCCAUGAGCUAUUAUACCCAGAUUUUUUUGUUCCUGAAAUAGUGACUCCUUGACUUAAUUAUUUAUGAAUAAAUGCCUAGAUCAUAA